AUGUCGUUCGUUGUCUUGGAUUCGGAUGCCGCUGUACCAAAGAAUCUUGACAAGCGAUACCUGAGUGAGGAUAAGAAGACCGUAAAAGCAGAAGACCGCACAAUCCACUGUCACAAGAUUAGGGCGGGGAAGCGCCGGGAUCUCUCCUACAGGAAAAAACUUCUACGCCCUGGAUGA